UCUUUUUUGUUCUAUAAGAAAUAAUAUUGAAUUUCAUCCGGGCAGUUUUCUAGUGUUCGAAAAUGUGACAUAAUUAAAGACUUGGUGAGUGUGGCGCGGAAAUUAAACAACACGUUGUUGCAGGAUGGCUGACGAAGUGGCUCAGUUUGACCGGACACAGUUGAAAGAGACGCUGUCUCUCUAUGCCGUGGAAAACCAUAAAGACGACUUGGUGUCUAUAUUAUAUACAGAAGAUGAGACUCAACAUUUUUCUGUUGUGAUAGACACUUUGACACUAUUUGAAACAGACAUCGCUAUCUGUGAGGUCCUCCUUUAUAAACCAGUUCAGCUGUUACAAGUGUUUGACGAGGCCUUAAUUAAUGCCCAGGAAACUCUGAUCUCAACUCACUCUGCUCAUAAACGGAUGGCUGUGAAGAAAAACAUCCAUGCUCGUCUUGCAAGACUUCCUGUCUGUCCAGAGCUGACCAGAACAUGUCUUCCCAGAAAUGCUGAUGUUGGAACCUUUCUGUCUGUAACAGUUACGGUUAUCCAGACUUCUGCUAUAAAAGUUUUAGAAUUUGAGCGAGAAUUCAUGUGUACCAGUUGUAAACAGAUCUUCACUUACCAGGCAAAUAUUGAACAUUAUUAUAAUUUUAAAGCUCUGAAAUGUCAGAAUGACUCCUGCCACUCAAUGAAAUUGGUCUCUUUGAGUGACAAAGGAACUGUUCCUCUCAAAUGCAAAGACUACCAAGAAAUCAAGGUUCAAGAACAAGUGCAGCACCUCCUGCUAGGUACAAUUCCUCGUUCCAUGUGGGUUGUCUUGGAGAAUGAUUUGGUUGACAGUUGUAAAGCAGGUGAUGAUGUGACUAUUUGUGGAAUUGUCAUGCAUCGGUGGAGUCCUUUGAGUGUGGACACACUCUGUAAUAUUGACAUGUUCAUGAAAGCAAACCACAUUCUUGUGACAAAUGAGAAGAAAAAUGCUAUUGUAAUCUCCAAGGAGAUGAAAGACGAAUUUUGGUCUUUUUGGAAUGAGUUUCAGGAUUAUCCUCUGACUGGCCGUAACCAUAUCCUAACAAGCUUUUGUCCUCAAGUGUAUGGCUUGUAUGUGGUGAAGUUAGCUGUAAUUCUGGUCUUAAUUGGUGGUGUGAAGCGUAAAGACGAUAUUGGGACGGCAGUUCGAGGAGAGAUCCACCUACUCCUUGUCGGGGACCCAGGAACUGGCAAGUCACAAUUCUUAAAAUAUGCAGCAAAACUAAUGCCACGUUCAGUGUUGACAACAGGAAUUGGAAGCACAAGUGCAGGACUUACUGUGGCUGCAGUAAAGGAUGGUUGUAACUGGAUGCUGGAAGCUGGUGCUUUGGUCUUAGCUGAUGGUGGUGUCUGUUGUAUUGAUGAGUUCAACAGUAUCCAAGAAGUUGAUAAAGCCAGCAUUCAUGAAGCGAUGGAACAACAAACCUUGAGUGUGGCCAAAGCUGGAAUGAUCUGUAAGCUGAACACAAGAACAACUAUAAUAGCAGCAACAAAUCCAAAAGGGCAUUAUGAUCCAGAACAGGGACCAGAGUAUGGUGGAUGAAGUUGUAAUGGUAUGCUAUCGUCCUGGACAAAAAACAUGCAUCCAUUGAUUAAUGUCUGAUGGGACAUGCAUAUCAGUGUUCUUUGGACAAGGGUCAAUAAAAGGGAGCUUGGAGGCGAUGUACAUAAGUUGCUAGGUCUGGUAAAUUUUGUGGAGGAACAGGAGCAACCAUUUGACCAGGUAAGACCUGCAUAGUGCCGUAAACUAAUUCUGCUGGUGAGUAUCUGAUUU